AUUCGAAAUAAAACAUUAAAAUUUAUUUUUUAAAAAAAGAAGCAUACUAUGGUAAAAUCAUAAUUACAUGAUGUACAUAUGUAGUACAUACCUAGUAUAUAUUUGCAUACCAUAUAGUAUGUGAGGUCUACGGUACUUACAUACUAUACUUUCUACUUGCCUACAUAGUUUUAAUGUUUUGUCAUAGUUGGUGCUGCAAAUUUUAUACAUGUGUUAUGUAUGUAACAUAAUACACAUAUCCACUAAUUUUUUAGCCUAUAUACCUAUAUAUAUAACUUCAGAUAAUUUCCCUAAAGCAAAGAUAAAAUUACCUACGUGACAUCAGAAUGAUCAAGAUGUAUAAGCUAUGCCAAUAUGAUAUGUAUAUGUACAUACAAUGAUACGUAAGUUUUAAUGUUAAAACAGGAUUCACUGCGAAUUGGAUGCGGAGUAAGAUGGUGGGGAUGUGCGCGCCAGCAUAGGGAGUAAGAAAAGUUUGCAGGAGUAGGUUCCAUUAUGUACUGUAUUACGGUCCAAAUCUAGAAAUGUAUUCUGUUAUUCAGAUCCAGAAUCUGGACUGGAGUCAAUUUGCUCUGUCUGUCAGCGAAUCGUCAACCAAUCAGAGCAAAGCAAUUUCUGUUCUCAUCCUUGACUGUGUAGCAAGCUGCGGCCCGAAACCGUGUAGGAGUUAGAGUUAGAAUUAUACAACUGUACACACUUCUAAUUAUAAUUAUAAUCGAUUGUAAAAAGAUCAAGUAGUAACUAAAAUAUCAAUAAAAGUAGUACUUGCUAUUGUCAUUGUUUUUCUAUACCUUUUCUUAUACGUGCGUUUAAUGAUCCACACAAUUUGCACAAAAUGAAAUAGAGUGUGAGAGAAUUUUUGUUUUUAUGGUACUAGGACGGGCCAGUCAGCUAGUAUAAUUGUCAAUGCGUUUAUAAUCCUAAAGUUUGCAAAAUAUAUUCGUGAAUCUCUUCAUUUUAGAAUUUCCUUGACAUAAAAAGGAAAAUUAGUGUUAAUUAAAAUGUUACGUCGCUAUGAACGUGUCUUACUUUUUUCGGAUAAACAAAUGGUCAUAUUUGAUAUUGGAAGCGCAUACACAAAAUACGGCUACGCAAACGAAGCUACACCACGCGGAAUGGUAAGGACUGAGACUAUUUGUUCAGAAACCAAACAGAUCAGGAAGAUUUAUGACUAUAGGGACACAGAGGAUUUGUAUCAGCUACUUGUAGAGUUUUUUCAUUGUUUAUUUUUCAGAUAUGUUGUGAUAACACCUAAGGAUGCCAGAAUCAUGAUAUUAGAAUCGUGUUUAACGCCAUCUCAAUUCAGAGAAACAUUGGCUAAAGUAUUGUUUAGGCAUUUUGAGAUUGGUUCUUUAACUUUUUUGUCUUCUCAUUUGGCAACAAUUAGUACUUUAGGCACCAAUACAGCUUUAGUAUUGGAUGUUGGAUACAAAGAAGCUACAUUGAUUCCAAUUUAUGAAGGUGUACCAAUCUUGAAAGCAUGGCAGGCACUUCCUUUAGCUGGCGAAGCUGUACAUAUGCAUUUGAUGAAAUGUUUAAAAGAAAUAUCACCCAAUGUGAAUAUAACAGAAAAACUUGUGGAAGAUAUAAAAGUUAGAACAUGCUUUGUUACUACAUUGGAAAGAUCCAUUAAAUUAGGAACCGAAGAUGCUCCUAAACCUCCUCCUAUGGUUGCAUACCAUGGAGUUAAAAAUAUUAUUAUACCUGGCGAAGUUAGAGAGAAAGCAUUUGAAAUAUUAUGGGAGAGAGAUAAUGAUAAUUUAAGCAUACCUACAAUGAUAUUAGAUGCUAUUCUUAAGUGUCCAAUAGAUACUAGGCGAACUUUGGCUGAAAAUAUAAUAUUAAUCGGAGGCACAACAAUGGCAAAAGGAUUCGUUAGCCGUCUUAAAUCAGAACUUCUAGCUUUAUUGAAAAGCAAUCUUUACUCUGAAAAGCUAAAAAUUCAAGUCUUCAAAUUUCAUACUGCUCCUAGUAAACCUAAUUGCACAGCAUGGUUGGGAGGUGCCAUUUUUGGAACCGUUGACCUGCGAUUGAGAUGUAUAACAAAAGAAAAUUUUUUGAAAUCGAACAGAGUGCCCGAUUGGACUAGUUUAGUGGAUAAUCAGAGACAGGAUCUUGCAGCUUGUGAAUUAUGAAUCACUACUUAAUGUGCUUGAGCGUCUUUAUAUGUACAUACUAAAAUGUAUAAACAAUUCUAUUUAUUUUCCACCUGUAUUUCUUAUCAAUAGGAAAUAUACUUAAAUGCAUUAAAUGAAAAGAGAAACGCCGCUUUGAAAA